AAAAAUAUUUACAAUAUGUUUUUCAUCCAUGUUACAUAAUUUUAUCCGAAUUAGUAAAAUGGGUAAACAAAUAGUAAAUCUCAAUUAUAAGUGUAUAUCAAGCCUUUGAUAAAUUUUCAAUUAAUCAAAAAAGUAGUAAAAGAUCAUUCACAUUUGAUUAUAUUUUUUUAAUAUUGUAUUGAUGACGAUUAUAUCAAGAAUGGAGCACUCGGAGUUAGUGCAAGAAAUGGCUCGGAUUGAACAACUUAGUACACAAGAGAGAUUAGCGUUAGCACGCCGUAGAAGGAUACAACAAUUAAAAGGAUGGGCGCAAAGAGAACGAGAUUGGUUACGACAUCGUCCAUCGAAUUCGCAACGAAAAAAUAAUAAACGUAAUAUUUAUUUUAGUGAUAAUGUUGUGUUAUUAGAAGCGGCUGCUAGAAAUGACAUUGAUGAAGUUCGAAGGUUAUUAAUGAAAGGUGUAAAUCCCGAUUCAACUAACGAAGAUGGUUUAACUGCUUUACAUCAAUGUUGUAUUGAUGAUAACUCCGAAAUGCUCCAACUUUUGCUUGAAUAUGGUGCUAAUGUAAAUGCUGAAGACAGUGAAAAAUGGACACCAUUACAUGCGGCAGCUACAUGUGGACAUUUACGUUUAGUCAGAUGUUUAAUUGCACGAGGUGCCCAUUUACUGGCGGUUAAUGCUGAUGGUAAUAUGCCCUAUGAUAUUUGUGAAGAUGAGGCCACGUUAGAUUAUAUUGAAGGCGAAAUGGCCAGGCGUGGCGUAACGCAAGAAUUAAUUGAUUCAACACGCGCACAUACAGAACAAGUAAUGCUAAGUGAUUUAAAAGAACUACUUGCUGCUGGAGGUGAUUUGGAACAGUACGAUCAUCAAGGUGCUACACCGUUACAUAUCGCUGCCGCUAAUGGAUACGUGUCAGUCGUUGAAUUUUUACUUGAUAAUCAUGUAAGCACUGAUGUUCGUGACAAUGAUGAUUGGCAACCAGCCCAUGCUGCCGCUUGUUGGGGUCAUUUAGAAGUAUUAGAAAUGUUGGUGCAAAAUGGAGCUGAUUUAAGUGCAAAGAAUAAACAUGAUGAAACUCCAGCAGAUAUAUGUGAAGAUCCUGAAAUUCGUGAACGUAUAAUGCAACUGAAAUUUGAACAAGAAACACGCCGACGUGAAGAGGCUGAAGCUGCUGCACGUGUUGGACGGAGUUGUGGACGUCCAGUACGCCGUUCACAAAGCAACAAUACACGUGCACAAUCUGUUCGACGUACAUCAAUACGUGAUAAAACGUUGACAACUAAAAAAGAUGCCGUUGAAGAGGCAAGAUUUCGUUUACAAGCACAAGAGGGCUACAAUCCAGACAGCGCAAUUGAAGCAAACAAACCCACAUCGAAUGGUGAUUCUGCAAAUGGUAGCACAAUAAAAUCAGAAUUAUCAAACGGUAAUAACAACACGUUACUCACAUCGCCAUCAGCAACAUCAUCCCCAACAAAAAUAAAUGCCUCACGAUUACAAGGUGAUAAUGAUUAUAAUGCAUUAUCGUUAGUCCUAUCAAAAGAUCGUGAUGCUCCGGACGGUAAAGCAAACGAUUCGUUAAGUAAUGAUGGUGGUGAUGUCACUGAUUUACCCACCGAAACGAGCUACACAACCGAUAAUAAUGGUAAGAUUAAUGUCACAGUAACGGUAACAAUAAAUGCUGGUACAUUAGCUGAUUUGAAAAAACAACGUGCACAAAUUCGUAACUCAAGCCCAGAUAUAAAUAGUUUACCAAUGUCACCCACACUUAGUUCAAAUGCACCAUCCGAGAUAUUGGUUACAGCUGUGAAUAAUAAUAACGAUGAUAAUAUACAUAUUUCACCAGUUAGUUCGAAUAAUUCUAGUGUACAAAAAUUCUGUGGUAACACGGGCGAAGUUGUCGGUGACGUUAAAUCGAAACGGUGUUGUAUAAUUCAAUAAAUAUGAUUCUUCAUUUUUAUGUAAAUAUUUAAAAUUUUUUUUAGUGUGCCAUAUAAAACUUAUUUUAUUUUUGUAUUAUUUUUUUAAUUUUCUUUCUUAUCAAAAAAAAAAGACUGCUGAUUCACUGAAUGAGGGGAAAGGAAUUUUCUGGCUCAAUGAAAUAAAAAAUAUAAAUAGUGUUGAAAUGAAAUAUUCCUGAAAAAUAUCAAGAAACGUUUCUUUGAUCGUUUUUAUGACUUUCGUUGUACGUCGGUUUUUUUAACCUCCCUGGCGGAAAAAAUAUUUGAAAAAAGAAUAAAUCAUGGAAAACUCUGAAAUAGUCUUAGGAGCUCUGAAUUUCUCAACGUUUUUGGAGAGUUAUUCAGGCUAGUCUAAAAACGUUGAGAAAUUCAGAGUUAUUCAGACGUCUUAAGACUUUUUUAGAGUUUCUAAGAUUUUUUCAGAGUUUUCUAAAACUUAUUAAGAAUUAUUCUUUCUUUAAAUAUUUUUUCCACCAGGGCUGUUUAAUACAGACUGCUGUCUUCUAUUUAGGGAGGGAUUGCACAUAAAAUACUUUAUAGUCCUUGCUAAUAAUUGCUAAUGACAUUUCAGAUAUCAUCAUUCAGUUAUUUUUUUGCUAGAUUCGAAGUAGGUUAGUUUAGGUUGAAGAAUUUGUUCACUCUCUGUAUAGUUGGAUCCAGAAGAUUCAUAAGAAGUAACAUAAUCAACAAAAAAAGUUAUCAAAGGAAUCAUUUCUGAAAUUUUUCGAAUGUAUUUAUUUCACAACACUAGUAUUUUAUAAAUAAGACUGGGGAAAUUUUUGGCGAAAAUGGUAUACGUGAAAUUAGUUGCUCAAAUAAACCAUCUUGAUUAUCGGUAUCAAUCUUUGCGUCAAAUUACCGAAUUAAAUUUUUAUUCAAAGUUUAUUUUCUUUAAAAAUAAUCAUUUUAGAAACGAUUAAAACCCCGUUGAAAGGUCUAAAUUAUGAUCGGCCUAUUUAAUAUGUUAGCAUACGUUAACAUAGUUCGAAUGCUGACAUAUCCUAAAUUUAAAAGAAAAAUCGCUGUGUUAAUGUAAAUAUAUGUU